AUGCAGUAUUACUUCUUGGUCCUGUUGCUUCUUACCAACCCGUCCCUCUCCCAACUCGGCAAGAAGCCGCAGACCCAGUCUCCUCCCUCCCAAAACCCCCAACCCGACAACAUCAACAAUCCACAGCAACUUCCACCCAACUCCACCCCCGCCACCAAUACUAACGCUGAUACGAAUACAAAUGCGGCACCGCUUGGCACCUACGUCGUCACCAGCGGUCCCCGAACUCCAACCCACGACUUCAUUGUCCCGUUAUCAACUUGGAAAACCUGGGCAAUUAAAAACCGUCCCCGGUUAAGAAACUUAGGAGACGAAAUCGACUUCUUCGGUGAAGUUAGGAAUUUGUCUUGUCCGUUGGGACCAAAGCCUGAUGCUAUUAAUCAGAACUUCAAUCUUAACACUAACGACUUAUUUCUCGAAAAUGUUCCCGCGGAUACUCCUCCACCAAGGAACUCAUUAUCCUUCCUCUUCAAUAGUUUAAAACACUUAACCAAGGGGUUUAAAAAGGAAGUAUUAGAUGUUGUACCAGAACGUCCAAAUCCUCCUCCCUCGCGUGGUAGCAACAACAUCAACGAAAGUGAAGAAACAAUCUUAAACUCCUCCAACUUCGCGCAUCUAGUAUCCUCGUUCGGUCUCAUCCCGCGUCCGACCUUCAAAUCCCGCGCCGAAACCAUCUUAAUAGCUUUAAUUCACAUCUACCAAACUUUCUAUUCAUUCUACAAUCUUUACAGUGAACUCGGUCGGGUGCUUUCCAACCCGACUCUUCCUCAACCGAUUGAUUAUAAAUUAUACCCGGGAAGAGAAGAUGAGGUAUAUCUUGAUCGUGAGCCAAUUGUUUUGGAUUGGGCUACUACUACACUUAUUGGAUUACCACCCGUGAAGAAGACUAGGAAUGAGCCUCCUGAUACCGAUCCAGAGAAAAGGAGGAUCACGGUUGAUCUUGUGGAACAGAGGAAGAGAAUGGUUGAGCUGGCGAAGUAUCUGAAUGCUAUGAAAGCUGCUACGGAUGGGGUUCAAGAAUUUAGAGCAUUAGCUUUUGAAGGGAACAUGGAAUAUCCUGGAUUCUCGGAGCUGUUAAAACCGUGGGAGGAAUAUGAUCCUGAGUUCUUCGAUAGACCUACCGUUGAUGCCCAGGGUAACCCGAUACGGGUGGAUUUUGGGGUUGCGGACUUGCUGGAUGGGUUUGAAGCUUGGUUUGGAUGUUGGCAGAUACCGUAUUUUAAAUUGUUGAAGAGGAUGUUGGAGAUUGAGCAUUUCCCAGGUGUGGAAGGGGGACUGGUGUCUAAAUUGAAUGAAGGGAAACCGACGAUUGAAGAUAAUGGCUAUGGGAUGGAACUCCUGAGGUUAGCAUUGUUGGAAAGAGGGAUAAGGCAUUUUGGGGGGGAGAAUGUCGGGGAGGGCAAUUGGAAUACGCCGCUAAACUUUGGUGGGGUUGAUGAACGAUUGGUAAAGGAGGAGGAAGGGAGGGCAGUCAGUUUUCAGGAUUAUGACUUUGAAAGGGAUAUUCAGGGUUAUAAGUCCCCCAAUACAGAUAAUGUUAAUAUUAAUAAUAUGAAUAUAGAAGGAGGCACCGGGGAUUUACAGGUACAAGGCAGAAUGGAAGAAGAACCAAAUGAAGGGGUUUUAGGGGACCCAGAAGCUGGAGGAGGAGGUGAAGGAGGAGGAAGAGGAGGAGGAGGGAGUGAUGGAGAUAGUCCGAUUACCGAAGAUAAUCAGCUCGAAGUACCGGAUUUUGAUCCCUUAGACUUUAGAAUUCAUAUUCCUUCAUUUGAUGGGCCACAAUUCUUUGAGGAGGGAGUACGGAUGGAGGAGGAGGAGGAGGACUAUUAG